GUCAAUAUUUCGUUUUCCUACGAACACAACGCAUUUGUGUGAGUGGAGGCACUGCGACUGUGCAAUGUAUUGAUGUAAACAUUCUCCUUGUCAUUUUAUUUCAGUGCGUUUAGAAGAUCGUAUGGUUGUCUUUUAAGGGGCAUGUUAAUGUGAACAGCUGAUUUUGGAUAUUAAAUUUAAAGUGAAAUUACUGUGAUUCAUCUGGAUAUGUAGAAGAGGAUAUCCCGAUAAAGUGUUAAUUUUUUGAUUCUUCGCAGUGCUGUAGCUGUUUUUCAGGAAGAUGCCAUCGCUGUUAGAAGCUCUGGAGCGCAAAUACGGCGCAAAGGGCGAAGUAAACCCUCCAAUAGAUGAUAUGCCGGUUGCCAUAUUUGUGCCGAAACGGUCACCUAGACUCAGCGUACCCACAUUACUAGUGUUGAACGAUUGUGAAAUUGACUGCGCUGGCGACCCGUCCGCCCUGGCGGACAAAUGUGCGGAUGUCGUGGAACUCGAUAUUGCCCAUAACAAACUUACUGCAUGGCAGGAGGUGUUCGCAGUACUAGAGCAGACGCCUCGAGUGCGUUUCCUAAACUUGAGCUUCAAUCGCCUAUCCGCCCAAAUCCAAGCAGCACAAUCGCUUCGCCCCCGGUGGGACAGUCUCAGUCACCUGGUCUUAAAUUCAACAUUUGUUGGCUGGCCCAGUGUCCACUCGCUACUCAAAGCUCUACCGGCUCUUGAAGAGCUGCAUUUGAGUCUCAAUGAGUACUCCUACGUAGACCUUAAUGGAAAUGAUGUCAAUGAAAAAGACCGAUGUGAAGAAUGUUCUCGCCUAAAAAUUGAUUUCACUGAGCCUAUACAUGAUAAACUCAAGAAACUCCAUUUCUCUGGUAAUCAAGUGAGCAGUUGGACAGAAGUAUCAAAAUUUGGUUAUUGUUUCCCGAAUCUAGAAACUCUAUUGGUGAAUGACUGUCCCAUUACAACUCUAGAGCCAGACCCGUGUGAAAAAUGUGAGGAUGGAAAUGGAAAUAGAAAGAGCCACGACGCUUUUCCUCGCCUCCGAUUUUUAAACCUAAACAACACCGGUUUGGCCACGUGGGACGAGGUGGACCGGUUAGCGAGAUUUCCGGCUUUGAAGAGUUUACGAGUUCAGGGUUGGCCACUAUGGGAGCGCUUCGAAUCUACGGAGCACGAACGAAGGCUGCUGCUGGUGGCGCGGUUACCACACGUGCGCACCCUGAACGGGGGCGGGGCGGUGCCGGUGGAAGAGAGAGAAGCGGCCGAGAGAGCCUUUAUUAGAUACUACAUGGAGAAACCGGAGUCCGACCGCCCUGAUAGAUAUUGGGAGCUGGUCGGCGUCCACGGCAAACUGGACCCGUUGGUGUCUGUGGACUUGCGGCCGGAGAAGCGAGUGCAGAUCACCUUCACUUGCGGAGACAACAGCGAAGUACGGACCGUCGACGUCUAUAGAACUGUAUCGGAUUUGAAGUCGCGCUUAGAGCGGCUGGCUGGCUUCCCGGCCUCAAAGAUGAGGCUCUUUUACGUCGACCAAGAAUUAAGAGAUACACAGGGUCCAGAAGAAAUGAAAUUCCCAACCAAGCAGCUCUACUCAUACAAUAUCAGAUCCGGUGAUGAAAUCAUCAUCCAGUCAAAGUUGAUCCACAACAUACUGCCCCAAGUCAACUCCACAGCAUAGUCUACUGUUACUUGAAGUUAGCUCCAUUUCCCAUACCAUAGGUGCAAUUUUCAUUCGUAUUUUUUUUUUCAUUGGGUAAAUAUAUGACGUCUAUAAACUUUCCUAAAGGUAAGUGUACAUGGAGUAAGUAAUAAACUACGUAAGGGCGGAGCCACUAUUGCCAUUUAUUUUCAUGUUAUAGUGAGUAACUUGUAUAUUUGUUGUAUGUUUUCAUACUAACGUAUUUGUUUUUGCAAGAUUGACUAGUUUAUUUUUUUAAGAGAUCAUAUGUACCUAUUUUUUGUUUACGUAAUGUGACUUAUUUUUUUCUUGUCACAAAGUAUUUAAAUAAAAAUAUAAUAUCAAUGGUUGUCACAUUGCAUUUUAGUGUUUUAAGAUUGCUUCAAGCUGUAAGCUGAGAUUUUAGAAAUCAUUUGAGACAUGUAAUACUUUAGCACAAGACGGAAACUAAAUAUUUAUAAACGAACGACUUAUUUCAUAAAGAUUAUAAAUUUGGCGCUGUUUUCGCUUAAACUGAAAGAAAUUAUAUUUUUUUAUUUGCAAUAAGAAACUGUGAUAAUAAAUUAUGAGUAAAUCUGAAAUUGAACUACUUAUCAUGUUACAUUUACUUAUAUUAUUUUACAAGUGGUGUGUAUCAGCGAUAAAAAGAAUCAAUGAUACUUUGAUUACUGGGUGUUGCUUUUUAACAAAACUUAAAGUGAUACUAACUGCCAUUUUGCGAAUUAUAUACCCAUGUGUCUUCAAGUUAUAGUAAUAAACAUUAUACGAUAAUUAGGUAUCAGAAAGUAUUUUUGACUAUUCCUAAGGCAAGUUGGUAUGUGAUGUCCGCUGUGAUCUAAGACGCUGCCAAAUUUAAGGUUAUGGAAACUGUCCAUUGAGUAUUAGCAAUGUACCCUGUGAAUGUACGGCAGUGUUACGAAAGAAAUGUAUGCAAUUAUAUUGUUUGACACAAAAUUUAACUAUGUAAUGAAUGUUUUUUUUAGUCCUAGAUGAUAUAGUAUAUCAAAAGAAAUAAAUGAAUUGUAUGAUA